AUGCUACUGCUAGGAGUGAUCAUACUGGAACUUGUUUUGGCUUCGACCUUCAUACCGCGCGUUCAUGCGCUGUCCGUGUACGCCGCCUGCCAGACGACACUGGGAAAAGCAGUUGAUCCAGUUCUAGGAUGUCCUAAAGGGACAAUCUUCGUGUCACAGAAAGAUCCUCGAGCGAAGUUCAGUAGCGUGCAGGCUGCCGUACUAUCACUGCCGUUGGACGAUUCGCCUCAAUGGAUCCUCGUCGAUGCUGGAAUAUACAAAGAGGCUACCCUCUGCUCCCCGCCGAUCGUUGCUGACUAUUGGGUAGACGAGCACAAUCUUGUGACUAUCUAUAACACGACAUUCAUCAAUCAGACCACGCAGAAUGCAUCCAUAUUGGACAACGCGGACUCGCAGGUUCUUACUGUUGCGCCCAACAAAUACUCCGUUUGGACAGGGCAAGGUUAUUAUGGAGCAACACCGCAACCAAUUCCUGAUGAAUGGGGUUGCAAGGACUUCCGCUCGUACAAUAUCAAUUGGGAAAAUCGCGCGGGCAACGCGUCCAUUGGUCCCGCGCUGGCGGUCGGGGUCGGUUUUGCGAACGCCUCCUUCUACGGCAGCUCGUUCAAGUCGUGGCAGGAUACCGUCUUCGUCGGAAAGAACGCGAGCGUGAUCUUCAAAAAGAGCCUGGUUCUGGGUCAAACUGAUUAUGUGUAUGGUUUUGGCACUGCCUACUUUCUGGAGUCCGUUUUGGGUUCAAGAGGAGCAGGGUGCCUGACGGCUUUCAAGGGUACUCCCAACUACACAAACACAUAUGGCGUCUACUUUGAAAACUCCCGUGUGGUGCAUUCCCCGGAGCUCUCUGCCGCCCAAGCUGCGAAUUUUACCGGAACUCAAUGUCUGGGACGCCCGUGGAACAACGCAACGACCGCGGUGUACAUGAACACCUAUAUGGACUCGUCGGUCCUUCCGGCCGGCUUCACCAUCUGGUCUCCGACUGAUCCAAGGAAUGGCACCUUGCUGUUUUACGGCGAACACGGAUCUUACGGUCCCGGAUGGAAUCGCAGUGCUCGAGCCACUUUCGACCAUAUCCUCACCGCACCACAGGCCCAAAGGUUCUCGUUACAGAACGUAUUUGGGAAGAACCCUGCCUGGCUUGAUGACCUGUACUAAAGUACGCCGUGGCUGUAUAUCAAUACAUCCAGGAUGAAUGGAGCGACGCUAGCAAUCCUGCUGCGGUCCUUUUC